UUCGGAUAAGUGCGUAUUUAUUACGGUAACACGAAUUGAUGCACAAACUUUUAUGGCGGGAACUACAAAAGCACGCCAAAUCGAGGCAUUAAAAUGCAUGCUCAAUCUAAACGCCCCUCCAAAUUCUUCGGACGGACCGCAAUGGAAAAUCUUGAUAUACGAUCAACUGGGAAGAGAUAUCAUCUCACCGUUAUUAACAGUCAAGGAUUUACGUAUGCUUGGUGUCACAUUACAUUUAAUGUUACACUCGCCACGUGAACAGAUCCCAGAUGUUCCCGCUGUUUAUUUCGUUUACCCUUCCAAAGAUAAUAUUAAUGCUAUAUGCAAGGAUUUUGAAGCAGGUAGAUAUGAUUCGUAUUACUUGAAUUUUAUCAGUCCAAUAUCACGCGAAUACCUUGAAGAAAUAGCUCAAACAGCAUUAUCUGAAAACUGUGUUCAUCAAAUUUCAAAAGUUUUCGAUCAGUAUACAAAUUUUAUUUGUUUGGAGGAUGAUUUAUUGACUCUUAGCUCACCCAUUGAUGGUCCUUCUUCCUUUUAUGCUCUUAAUCGUGCGAAAACUACAGAAGUGGAUAUGGAAAAUUUAAUCCACUCAGUUGUUGAUGGAUUAUUUUCAAUUUUUGCGACACUUGGCUCAAUACCUAUUAUACGUUGUCCUCGUGGUAAUGCUUCUGAAAUGGUAGCAUGCCAGCUGGAUUCGAAAUUUCGUGACAGCCUUCGAGAUUCUAGGAAUUCACUUUUUAUGAAUAAUACAGCACGCGGUUAUGGUAUUACUGCAAAUGACGAUUCGUCUGGAGAACGUCUAGGAUUGAACUCUUCAUCACCACUCAGUCUUUUAAACAGGAACUCUCAAAUGAACUCACCACCAAACUUAUUUCAGCGUCCACUGUUGAUUAUUUUAGAUCGUAGUUUAGAUUUGGCCUCUCCACUACACCACGAGUUGUCCUACCAAAGUUUAAUCCAUGAUAUCUUUAAUAUUCGUCUCAAUCGUGUUCAUGUGAAUUUAGAUUUGGCUAAGCCUAUCUCAGAUAAUGAAAAAUCCAGGAUACCAGAAAAUAAUAGUAAAACAUCAAAUUCUAAAAUAGUUGAGUAUGAUUUAACAGGAUCAUGUGAUCGUAUAUGGAGAGAUUUUAGAGGUGCUGCAUUUUCUGAUGUUGCGGAAGCUAUACAUGAAGAAGUGACAAUACUAAAAGAUUAUGAUAGACGUAUGAGUGAAUUGAAGUCAUCACUUGGUGGUUCAACAGAUAUAAAUAUGCUGGCAACUUCAUCAACAAUGACGUUUCUAGAUGAUAGUACAGCUAAAUUAACAAAUGCUAUCAAUUCUUUACCCCAAUUAAUGGAACGUAAACGAUGUCUUGACAUGCACACAAAUAUUGCAACUUGUCUAGCUAAUGUAAUCAAAGAUAGGCAGAUACAUUCUUUUGCUGAAGAAGAAGACCAUCUUCUUUCUAAAAACAAUCCAUCCACGGAACAAAGUUUAAUCGAGCUAAUUAGUAAUCCGUCAAUUGGUACACCUGAAGAUAAAUUACGCUUGCUUAUUAUUGCUGCUUUAGCGGGUACCAGUAGAACUGGUACAAACACUAGUAAUACAUCAAAUAAUAUGAUUGCCAGUGGAUCUGGAAGUGCAUUAAAUAAUUUCAAUUCAAACACUAGUGGUAUUGAUUUUUGUUUAUCCGAUACAGAAGUUGAUCGUUUGAAAACACUGUUACAAAACUCCUAUCCUAAUCUUGAUAUGAGUCCUGUGAAUUAUAUUCAACACUUUAGGAAAAUUCCAAAAGCUGGUCAACUAGCUGAUAAUAUAAUGGAGAAUGUUAAAGGAGCUGGUAGUCGAAGUGUACUUAAUAAAAUUGUUUCACAUGGUUCAGCUAUAUUGCUGACUGGGAUGAGACAUUUGAUUGGUCAGAAAUCUUACCUCCCGUUUACUCGCAUCGUAUCUCAGUUAAUGGAAAAUAAAGCUGGUUCUGAAUUUGAAGACUAUCGCUAUUUUGAUCCGAAACUGUACAGGCGUCAAGAUUCUAAUAUGCCUCGUGUCAAACAUGCUUUCGAUGAAGCUUUUGUCUUUGUCGUUGGUGGCGGAAGUUAUGUUGAGUACCAAAAUCUGUUAGAUUGGGUCAAAUCAACUUGUUCCACUACAUCUGGCACAUCUAGCACUUCGUCAACAUCAUUAACAAAUUCUGUUAAUGGGAUAAACAGUCGCCCUGGCUCAGGAGGUCAUGACUCAUCCAGCGCUCCUAAUAUUAGUACAGCUUAUUCCAAACAUAUUACUUAUGGCUGUAGUGAUCUUGUUAGUCCGAGUGAAUUUUUAUUAGAAUUGGGAAAACUUGGGAAGGAGCUGUAACUUUAGAGUUAUCAAUAAUUCUGAUCGUACAACUAAAAAAAUUUCAGUUACCUCUUAGAUACAGUGGUUGCUUUGGAUUUUAUAUGCUCUGUAAAUUUCUUCUUCUGUGAUGAUAUUUCUUCUAGUGUUUGGCCUGUCAGUUAUCUUAAACGUUCAUUUACACUAAAUUUGAUUUUUUUUGAAUUAUUGUACUUCUUGUUAUAUGUCUAAAUCACUUAUUGAAAUUUUUUCUGAUAUAUCUAUGUUGAAAUUUUUCAAAUGUAUUCUAAUUUGUAUCCACAUUUUAGAUUAUUCACUACGUAAUUAUAUUGUUAAUUGAAAAUUGAAAUGUUUGAAAAUAUAAAUGUUCUGUGAUUGAAAA